AUGUUGAGAAGUUUUAGAAUUAUUUCUGCUCUUGUACUCAUUGCCUUGGUGACCAUUCCGAAUCUUGGCAGGGCAGAAGGAAAAUAUAUGAAGCAUAACUUGAGAGAGAAGCGGAGGGACUUGAAAAACAGCGUAACGGCAGAAGAGAGGCUGGCCUUCCUGGUCGCGCACAACGGUCACAGAAAUUCCACCACCCCACCCGCUUCUGACAUGAGAAAAAUGUACUACAGUUCGGAGCUGGAAAAAUCAGCACAGGAAUGGUCGAACACUUGCCAGUUCAAACAUGGCAAUCCGAGCUGGAUCACAAUGAAGUACAUUAACGUAGGGCAGAACAUAUGGAUGGGAUCAGAAGGUUAUUCCAUCGAGUCAAUGGUCGGGGCUUGGGCCGCCGAGAAAUCCAGCUACACUUUCUCCACAAACGACUGUGCUACAGACGCAGAGUGUGGUCAUUAUACCCAAGUUGUCUGGGCUAGUAGUUUCAAAGUUGGCUGUGGUAUGACUCAGUGCGCAAAUUAUGGUGACAACAUCAUAACAGUUUGCAACUAUCUAGAAGCAGGGAACUACGUUGGUGAAAAACCAUACAGUCAGGGUACUGCCUGCAGUGGCUGUCCCACAACCGCCCCCACCUGUUCCAGCAACUUAUGUGCCAUAAAGAACAACGACUGCUCCAAGGUUGAACCCAGCUGCACCAUCACCGACGCAACCAACUGCCUCUGCGAUAACUCGGCCUAUAUGCUGUCGAACACUACAACUGUUGAUAAUCCAUUUUCCAGCUUGGACAAUGGAGCGCGAUGGUUUUUAGGAUUCGGACAGGCAGUAUUCGAACCAUACCACCGCCUAAUACCAUCGCGAGGCACGGCAGUUUUACUGACUGAGCUAGCUAACUCACUUACUAAUUACUGA